GCUCACACUUUUUGUGCUUGAGUGGGUUAAGCUCUGCCGACUUUUGACGGACUCCUCCUCGUUUCGGGAAUUGUAACAGAACGUGUCUGUGUCAGCUAGAUUCGUCAUGCCUGGACGUCCGCUUUGGCAGGUUGCUGGUAAGCGAGAGGCUAGCCAAGAGGCUGAGGCGCAGCAAUGGAUCGAGACGGUGGUCGGACAGAGAUUUCCACCAGGUGUGCUGUACGAAGAUGCUUUAAGGGACGGCGUGCUGCUUUGCCAACUUAUGAAUAAACUGCAACCGGGUCUCGUUACUAAGAUCAACACUUCUGGUGGUGAUUACAAGAUGAUGGAUAACCUUAAUCAAUUCCAAAAGGCCUGCGUAAAAUACGGAGUACCCGACGUGGACCUAUUUCAAGCGGUGGAUCUCAUGGAGAGGAAGAAUAUAGCGCAAGUGACCAAUACCAUUUUCGCCAUCGGUCGUGCUACCUACAGACAUCCAGAAUGGCGCGGACCGUGGCUCGGUCCUAAGCCAGCCGAGGAAAACAAACGACACUUUACGGAGGAGCAAUUAAGAGCCGGCGAAGGUCUUAUUGGUCUUCAAGCUGGUACCAAUAAGGGUGCAACUCAGGCUGGACAAAGUUUCGGCGCCACGAGGAAAAUUCUCCUUGGCAAAUAAUAGCAACUAUAACAUUUGACGGUGCUCUUAAUGUUUUCAAUAGAUUGUAUGUUAGAUCUUUAGAUUGGAAUAUGAAAGUUGCUAGAACUAUGAACAUUUCGACAGGAUAAUAAUAUAAAUGGAACUUUGAAACUUUUCUAAGUUUCACAAUGAAAUUUCGUGAACCUCGAUAUUUAUCGUACAGCGCCGAACGCGCAUAGCAGAACGAUAGUCGCGAGCCAGCAAUUGAAUUCAAUAAACGUAGUUUACCGGA